AUUGACGUCAGCGCUUUUCCCGUCUACGUCGCGUUGAUAUUGAGCGGAAAAUUUAUUUAUUUAUUAAGCCAAGGGCGCUAAAUCUAAAAUAAAUUGCAAAUAAAUUGUGUAAACCAAUUAUUGUUAUAGUAAAUGAGCAUCACGCAUGAGAGUUUCCAUCAGGUUUGUCUUCAGUGCAACAUAUUCGUUACGUUUGCGUCGGACAACGAUAAAGUAACGAGGAUAAUGGCACCCCGUGUCCAACUGGAAAAAGCAGCUUGGAGUUGGGUGGAGACUGUAAAACCAGAAGAAAUCAGGCAGGAACAUAUCGAGUUAGCUUACCGCAUCAAGCUCCCGGCCUGCAGCAGAGGAGCCUGCAGGAGAAACUGCAAAGGGAAUCCAAACUGUCUUGUGGGUAUUGGUGAACAAACAUGGCUUGGACAGAUUGAUGAAAACACUUUCCAUAACAUUGAUGACCCAAAUUCAGAACGCAGAGACAAGAACACAUUUGUUGGCCUGACUAAUCUUGGUGCAACAUGCUACGUCAACACAUUCCUGCAAGUAUGGUUCCAUAACCUGGAGCUUCGUAGGAGCCUUUAUCAGUGCCUCAGUUCCCGAGCACAGGACCACUGCACUGAGUCAG